AUGGAUAACGGGUCGUCGACAUUGUUGCUGUUCCCCAGCCUGCUGGAACCCCCAGGCUCGAAUGUCUCCUCUCCUCCUCCAGCAGAAGUGCCAAGGUCAAUCGAGGAGGACCUGUAUGUUCGCGGCGCUUCGAAACGUUCAUCUUCGUCGUCUAACGAUUUGUUGUAUGAAAGAGAUCGGUUUCGAGCCCGACUUCAAACCUUCAACGGUAGACAAAACGAUAAAAUGGAUACUGAAGACAGUCCUGGUACCACAGAAUCCUCGAAAAAUGGCGUUAUUGACGAGGAAACUUCGCAUUGUGAUGUCUGCGAUAUCAUUCAACUGAAAACCACAAGACUCCAAGUACGACAACCAACACCAGAAUUUUCCAACGAUAACAUAAGCCCACUCAGCAGCGACCUGGUUUUCUUCAACAGUCUCUCGGAACUUCCUAGUUCUUUAUCGUCGUCGUCGUUUCCGAUGACUAUACGCUCACUCACCUACGCCCAGCUUUCGGCCGUUUUCAAGUACUAUUUCAACCAGAAUCUCCCACAAACCGAAAAGAUGUUCCCGUGGCUCCACGGUAUACACCCAGAUAACUUUGCUCAGAAACGGUUCUUUUGUCGAGAUACCAGCGACGAAACAGACCUGGGAAGCGAGCCGCCAGAGAGUAACGAACUCAACCCAUCUUUGUCGCCAGACGCUACCACGGCUCCUCGGUUUCUUAUGUGUGUUUCCCCCGUCGACAACCCAACGCUACUUCGAAACACAGUUCAUGCACCGGAAAUUCUUCAUCCCAUCGACGUUUCGCGUGCCGAAGUCGUCAGGUUCUUACAAUAUGUGCUUGAACUAGUUUUCCCAGGAAAAGAUCAGGACCAUAUGCUAGAAACAAUCGUGGCAGACUGCUAUGCUAUCAAGCACUUGCCUGUGUUCCUAAAUCUCGAUCCUAGUCUGGGUGUUUCGCUUCGUAAUUUCCACAUCCAAGUUGCAAAACUCGCAGCUUGCAGCGAUAUGGUGAUCUACUGCUUAGACAACGAACAUUUGGGCUCGUGCAAGUGUGCAAGUCUCGCUCGUGUGUUGUGGUUAGCACAGCGAUAUACCUUUGCCAAAGAUGGCGCUUUGGACAAAAUGCAUUAUAACACCUUCAUCAUGUCUGAUCUCCCAUUUUUGGAAAAGAUCUUACUUCGCCAAUCGUCGCCAUACCACUCCACGCUAUUCACGGUUCCACCUGAACCCAGAAACGAUACCCGAAAAACUCUGUUGGAACUGAGGCUCUCGUCAUUCAACCCCAAAUCUUUAGCGGUGUGGGAUCUGGAUUUUGUCAUGAAAGAGAAGGUGGAAACCACGCGAAUGUCAGCAGCGCUGUGCAUCGGUGGAAGAGUCUGGGCUGGUAACAUGUGGGAUUACCAAGCAAUGAUUAUGCACCUACAAUUUCGAAAUGAAAUGUCGAUUGGAGAUGGUUUUGGAUGCUACUGUAGUCCUUCCAGCUCCAUUGUGAACAAGGAAGAUAUCGCUAACCAAAGCAUAACGAAAAUUCUUCCUCCACCUCGUGCAAAUUGGCGUCUUUUCAUCCACUGUUGCAGCGAUGCCAGUUUCCCCGACUUGGCGGUUCUUCGUCUGUUGAUGUUCAAAUUUAGUCUUUCAAGUCACAGGUCCACAGGUUCAGAGUACCACACGCUCGAAUUCCCACCAGCAGGCUCGGUAGGAAUUGGAGACUGCAAGAAGGAAAACCUCAUGUCCGUGGUCAAUUGCUGCAAAUUGCUUUACUUGUAUUCUCUGUCAACUUCGGACGACCCAGACGUAGUUUCGGCACUUAUUUAUUGCCUGGAUGGAUACACCGAGCUGUCACUUUUCGUGCUUUCUUAUGUGAUGUACUCGCGGAACGUCAGCCUUGACGAAGCCAUGCUUCUUCUCCAUAAUGACUACCCGAGACCAUUCUACAUAUUUUCCAGCGACGUCCACAUUCUUCGAAAGCUAGAAGUGCUUCUUCGCCGAGUACUGCCUUUGGUCAAAAAAGUUGAAUGGAGUACACUCGAAGUGUUUUCUGACCUAGAAAUCACCGAAAUAUUGCUAGCUACAGGUUCACGGCCAUCUCACUCAGUGGGUGCAAAACAUUCGCUUGAGAGAAAAGCAUCUUCGUUGUCUCUUCUUGAGGCAGAUUGGGUUUCUGACGUCGAUGGAUCAUUGCCGUCUCGAAUUCUUCCGUACUUGUACUUGGGGUCGCUCAAGCACGCCAAUAGCCUUGCCUUACUAUCUAAGCUUGGAAUCACCAAGGUUAUAUCUGUUGGAGAGCGACUUGAAUGGCUCAACAGUCGUCAUUUCCAGUCGACACAUACCAUUUCAGUGGAAGAAAUUGACAAUGGAAACAUUGAAAAAUUCACAAUAUCCGGCAACCCAAGUACAGUCGACACCAUACUCAAGGUGAACAAUCUCCAGGAUGAUGGUAUAGACGAACUUAGUGCUUCACUUCCUCGUAUGUUGGAUUUCAUUGAAGCCGAGCACCAAAAGAGUAAUGGAAAGGCGAAAAUAUUUGUCCAUUGCAGAGUUGGUGUGAGCCGAUCUGCCACUGUUGUGAUGGCCGAAGUCAUGCGAAGACUCAAUGUGCUGCUUGCUAAAGCCUACCUCUACGUUCGAGUCCGGAGACUCAAUAUCAUUAUUCAGCCAAACCUACGGUUCAUGUACGAAUUGUUCAAGUGGGAAGAACAACAAAAAUUUCUCAAAAAGAAUAAGCUGGAUCUUACGCUACGAGAAAUCGACUGGUUUGUCUUCUGCCGCGAGGUUAUGAACCUUAACGUCCCUUAUCUACGCAAAUAG